UGGAAGACAGGGCUUGUGAUUAUGUUCGUCGUGACUGCUUGUUUUGUUGGGGCAUUUGAACUGAUAUCAUUUCUUAAGAGAUCUCACGAAGAUAAAGAUACACCAACACUAGCGACAAGUUUUAACUGCCGCCAGAAGCCAUUUUGUGAUGGAAACGCUACAUGCAAAACAAAUCCAAAAGAUAAGACUCAUUUCAAAUGUGUUUGUAAUAGUGGCUUCCAAGGAGAUGGAUUCUCGUGUAAGGACGUUGAUGAAUGUAAAAGAAAUUCUUCCACAUGCAGUCAGCAUGCAUUUUGUAUAAAUUCCAUUGGCUCGUACGAUUGCCGCUGUUUGACAGGAUUCCACGGCAAAGGUUACUCCUGCGAGGAUAUCGAUGAGUGUCAGAGCAAAAUCCACAACUGUGGCGACCAUGCAGUGUGUGACAACAUUGUAGGUUCCUAUAAAUGCAGUUGUUUCGAUGGAUUUGUGGGCAAUGGACGGUCUUGUUACGACAUUAAUGAAUGCAAAACUAAUGCUCACAAUUGUAGUGUUCAUGCAUCAUGCAAUAACACUGUUGGCUCUCAUGAAUGCGUGUGCCUUUCUGGGUUUUCCGGCGAUGGUUAUGUGUGUCAAGAUGUUGAUGAGUGCAGCAACAGAAGUCAUCUUUGCAGCCCUCACUCCAGGUGUGUAAACAUCCCAGGAUCACACCGCUGCAUAUGUAAUGACGGGUAUCGUGGAAAUGGACAGUCAUGCAGUGAUAUCGAUGAGUGCAAGGAAGGGACAGCCCAAUGCAGUUUUAGAGCAAGUUGCACAAAUACCCCUGGUUCUUUCUGCUGUAAGUGCAUUGCGGGAUACCAAGGUGAUGGGAAAAAUUGCCGCGAUGAAGAUGAGUGCCUUAGUCGUCAGCAUUGUGAUUUGAAUGCAGAUUGCAGAAACACCAAUGGCUCUUAUACAUGCAGUUGCAAUUCUGGCUUCCAUGGUGAUGGUUUUUCGUGUCAUGAUGUGGAUGAGUGCAGAGGGGGUAUCCAUGAUUGUCAUGCAAAAGCUCAAUGCAGGAAUACCUGGGGAUCAUACAGUUGCUCCUGUAUUAAAGGAUAUCAUGGAAAUGGAAGGCAGUGUAAGGGAAAACCCGAGCAGAAACUUAACAUUUCAAGUUUGAAAGAAUUUCGGUGGAAGAAUUUCAUAUGUUGCAUUGCUAGUGUUACGUGCCUUGUAGCUGUGGUCAUAUUUGUACUGAUAUUUGGAAGCCCCAAAAGCGGAGAUGCACCAGCACCAGCAACGAGUUUUAACUGCCGUCAGAAGCCAUUUUGUGAUGAAAACGCCACUUGCAAAACAAAUCCAAAAGAUAAGUCUCAUUUUAAUUGCGUUUGUAAUAAUGGCUUCCAAGGAGAUGGAUUCUCGUGUAAGGACGUUGAUGAAUGUGAAAGAAAUCCUGCCACAUGCAGUCAGCAUGCACUUUGUAUAAAUUCCAUCGGCUCGUACGAUUGCAGCUGUUUGACCGGAUUCCUCGGCAACGGUUACUCCUGCGAGGAUAUCGAUGAGUGUCAGAGCAAAAUGCACGGCUGUAGCGACCAUGCAGUGUGUGACAACACCGUAGGCUCCUACCAGUGCAGAUGUUUUGAUGGAUUUACGGGCAACGGACGGUCUUGUUACGACAUUAAUGAAUGCAAUACUAAUGCUCACAACUGUAGUGUUCAUGCAUCCUGCAAAAACACUCAAGGCUCCAACACAUGCAGUUGUCAGAAGGGAUUCCAAGGUGAUGGACAGACUUGUCAUAACAUCGAUGAAUGCAAGACUAACGGACACGUUUGUAAUGUUCAUGCAUCCUGCAAUGACACUGUCGGCUCCUACAUGUGCAGUUGUUUGGAGGGAUUCCAAGGCGAUGGACGGUCUUGUCAUGAUAUCGACGAAUGCAAGACUAACACACAUGCUUGUAGUGUUCAUGCAUCCUGCAAUAACUCUGUUGGCUCCUACAUUUGCAACUGUCUGGGAGGAUUCCAAGGCGAUGGACGGUCUUGUCAUGAUAUCGACGAAUGCAAGACUAACAAACAUGCUUGUAGUGUUUAUGCAUUCUGCAAUAACACCCACGGCUCCUACAUGUGCAGUUGCCUGAAAGGAUUCCAAGGUGAUGGACGGUCUUGUCAUGAUAUCGAUGAAUGCAAGACUAACACACACGCCUGUAGUGUUUACGCAUUCUGCAAUAACACCGUCGGCUUCUACAUGUGCAGUUGCCUGGAAGGGUUCCAAGGCGAUGGACGGUCUUGUCAGGACAUCGAUGAAUGCAAGACUAUCACACACACUUGCAAUGUUCAUGCACUCUGCAAUAACACCGUCGGCUCCUACAUGUGCAGUUGCCUGGAAGGAUUCCAAGGCGAUGGACGGUCUUGUCAGGACAUCGAUGAAUGCAAGACUAACACACACACUUGCAGUGUUCAUGCAUCCUGCAAUAACACCGUUGGCUCCUACAUGUGCAGUUGCCUGGAAGGAUUCCAAGGCGAUGGACAGUCUUGUCAGGACAUCGACGAAUGCAAGACUAACACAUUCGAUUGCAGUGUCUUUGCAUCCUGCAAUAACACUGUCGGCUCUUACAGUUGUAAGUGUCACAAAGGAUUCAUGGGGGAUGGACGAUCCUGUCAUGAUAUUGAUGAGUGCAGCGACGGAAGUCAUCUUUGCAGCCCUCACUCCAGAUGUGUAAACAUCCCAGGGUUGCAUAGAUGCAUAUGUAACGACGGGUAUCGUGGAAAUGGACAGUCAUGCAACGAUAUCAACGAGUGCAAGGAAGGGAUGGCUCAAUGCAGUGUGAAAGCAAGUUGCACGAACACACCUGGUUCUUUCAGUUGUAAGUGUAUUGCGGGAUACCAAGGUGACGGGAAAAAUUGCCCCGAUAAAAACGAGUGCAGUAGUGGUCAGUAUUGUGCUAGGGAUGCAGAUUGCAGAAACACCGAUGGCUCUUAUACAUGCAGUUGCAAACCCGGCUUCCAUGGUGAUGGUUUUUCGUGUCGUGAUGUGGAUGAGUGCAGAGAGGGUAUCCAUAGUUGUCACGCAAAAGCUCAGUGCUCGAAUACCUGGGGAUCAUACAGUUGCUCUUGUAGUAAAGGAUAUUACGGAAAUGGCAGGCAGUGUAAGGCUUCUUCUGAAGGACGGCCCUACCCUCUCAUGGGAAUUUUUCUAUUUGGCACUUUUAUCGCUUUUUUGUUGUAAUUAUUUUGUUCUUACGCAAAGAAGGAAUAAGUUGAAUAUUUCAACUGGACAAUUAUUAAAGCAGAUGCCCGUUGUGGAUAACCGUGAUGUUAGUAAUAUCGUUCCUACGAUCGACAUUGAUGCAUGGAAGCUUCCUUUACAGUUUCCUUCAACACCAUCCCAGAGAGGGUUUUAAUGCAUUGCAGCGCACGGACCUCGAGCACAAUAUCUUGGUCCCUCAAUCCUCUGUUGCUGAAGGUUUCCAAAUAAAAUGACAGGACGGUUAAGAAAGAUUUAAAUAUUCGUUGAAAAUUAAUACAUUUUGUAUAAAAUUAGAACUUUUAGUCCGUAAACUUCCAACUUUGCACUGGUAUCAAUGCUGUUUUAUAAUCAAUUUUAAUAUAAAGAUGUCAGUACACUAACUGAAGCACAUUGAGUCGAUCACUGAUCAAGUUUUGAUUUUUUAAUAUACCACGAACUUUACUCCAGAGUUCCUAUCGCCUCAA